CAAACGGGUUUCAGUCGACUUUGGGGCCUCCGCGGCGCUACACGAUAUUUGAUAUUCGAUAUUUGAGAUUCGAGACUCCAGGUCCACAAUCGCGAUGACUAAUUCCCUGACCCUCGCAGUGCUUCUCCUGGCCAGCCUGCUCCUCUGUUUGGGCCAACUGCAGGCGGCCUCGAUUGUCUGCGGUUCGGAGGCGAAGUCUGCAGGGGAUUCGGACUCCGACUCGACCACUCCCAGUCCCAGCGAGGUCAACAAGUUCGUCCACAGCCUGCAGUGCACGCUGGAGAAGGCCAAGCCCUGGAUAGCCAACAUCGAGAAGGAGGCCAAGAUCCUGGAGGAGAAGGCCCGCGAUGUGACCAGGUCGCUCUUCCAGCGCAUCAACAUGCUGGUCAAUGUCCUGGCCCAGCCAGUCAACUCGGAAAAGGAUAAGGAGAAGGACAAGGAUAAGGAGAAGGAGCCAGAGGAGCAGGUCACCAGUAGCACCACGGAGGAGUCUUCCUCCACCUCGGAGGCCUCAAGUUCUGCUAAGAAUGAUCCAAAGGAGGAACUCACCACCUCGACCCCAGUUCACUUGGACUGGCUGGAGGAUGAUGCCAAUGAGGUGGACUACAUUCCACAGAAGAAUUAGUUAAGCCAUAUUUAAAAAAAAUAUUUUUAUUUUAUUUUAAUUAAUAAAGAAGCAAGCGUUUCCUAUUUAUGAUAAAUUU